AUCCACUUGUUUGUGCUGUUUGCAUCGUCUUGCUGAGCAACAUCGUCGCGUGCGAACUUGGUCAUUAUAUACUCCUUCUAAGCAUAGCCCUCCUUUCCUUUACAAACAUGGCUGUGCAGGAAAACCAAUAUCUCCAUGCACUUGUUGAUAUGGGGAGCAAUGGUAUUCGUUUCUCAAUAUCCGAUCUGUCCCCACUCACUUCAAGAAUACUGCCAACUGUGUUCCAAGACCGCACCGGCAUCUCUCUUUACGAUGCUCAAUUCAGGCCAGGGAGCAAUACCAGGCAGCCUAUCUCUCUAUCUGUUCAGGAAGAUGUUGUUCGCCGUUUAGUGCGAUUCAGGGAGACAUGCAAGGACUUCGGUGUACCUGAGGGGAAUAUUACCGUCCUUGCAACCGAGGCCACCAGAACUGCCAUAAAUUCCCGAGAAUUUCUAUCCGCGAUCAAGGAAAGCACUGGAUGGGAUGUCCAACUGCUUUCCAAGGAAGAAGAGGGAACAUUGGGAGCAUUUGGGAUUGCCAGCAGCCUAGAAGCUGUGGAGGGUUUGGUGAUGGACCUGGGAGGAGGAAGCACUCAAAUUACGUGGGUCAUUGCUAAAAAUGGCUCUGUGCUCACGAGCCCCAAAGGUUCGAUCAGCUUGCCUUAUGGGGCGGCAGCAGUUACAAAAAGACUAGAAAAGCGCUCAGAGCGGCAGAAUUUGGAAAACGAAAUGAUUCCAAAAUUCAAGGAUGCCUAUAGUGAACUCUGUGUCCCCAAAGAACUGCUGGAUCAUGCUGCGAAACGAGAGGGGUUCGAUUUAUUUCUUAGUGGCGGCGGCUUUAGAGGUUGGGGCUACUUGCACAUGAAUCGUUCUAAGGUAAACCCAUACCCAAUCCCAAUUAUCAACGGUUUCAGGGUAGAUUGCUCAGAAUUCUGUGAUACUUCUGGCAUCAUGUCUUCUGCGGCAAUGGAAGGAUCUAAGAUUUUCGGCAUCUCGGAUCGCAGAGCAUCUCAAGUGCCGGCAGUUGCUUGUCUUGUCAAAUCUCUUACAAAGGCCAUCCCAAAUAUCAAAACUAUACAGUUUUGCCAGGGUGGCGUGCGCGAAGGUUAUUUAUUCAAGACUUUACCUGAAGAAACACGCUUAAAAAGUCCACUUGUUGUGGCCACAGCGCCUUACAGCACACAGUCUGCCUUUGAACUCUCUUCUCUGCUACUCAGAGCCCUUCCCUGUGGUGUACCAGAGAACACAGAUGCUUCCGUCCCUCUAUCAUUCACAGAAACUCUGCUUGUUGCCCUGGCAAAUAUCAUGUUUGCACACUCUUCUAUCUCAAGGGAAUCGCGCGCAGCCGUUGCUCUACAUUCAACAAUAAAUGGCUUGCUUGCAUCAGCGCACGGCAUAUCUCAUGCUGAUCGCGCCUUAUUAGCGCUCCUCCUCUACGAGCGAUGGCGUGGCGAUCUGUCUCCAUCAGACCAGUCUCUCCUACGACGUCUUCGCCAAAUCACUUCUCGAGAGGAGGUUUGGUGGUGUCAGUAUCUUGGGCGAGUCGCUGCUCUUGUAUGUGAUAUAUAUCCCAGCGGUAUCAUCAGGGAUAAAAUACCACGCGUUGACUUCCUUGCCGGAUGGGCUAAAGGGAAAAAGGGCAAGACUCAUGUAAGGCUGGAAAUAACGUUGCCAAAUAAUAGUCCUGGUGUCGACCUUAGCUGGCUGAUGGGUGCCAAGCAGAGCAUUGAGAAGGCCGGAAAGAAAAAGAACUGGGUUAGGGCUGUGGAGAGGAUAGGGGAAAUUGAGGAUUGGGGUUUGAAGAUUGAUGUUUCAUUGAACGAAGGCCAAAUACAAGGUAAAUGAUACCCAUGUGUUAUCAUUGCUAGCAGCCUAGUCGAUGGACACUUGAUAAUAUUGGUAUGUGAAGUGGAAUUUAGUUAAUGGGUUAUUGAGUAUCUAAUAAUACAACCACAUAUAGCAAAA